AUGGUUCUUUACGACGAAGACGGCAGAGUUGUGAUCGUACACGAGGAAUACCUAGAAGAAGAGGCGAGGAAACAUUGCAUGAGCGCAAAAGCGAAAAACGAGCCAUACACAGAUCCGAUUGAUGUGUGCAAGCAGAGGAACUGGCCCAAGUCUACUAAUGAUGUGAAAAUCGUUAUUGACUCACAAAUCUUCAAAACCCUAUAUUGCGAAAAAAUGUUUGGCUGGGGCAGCGAUUUCGAAUACAUAAAAGGGUUCAGGCAAGGAAAGGACAAGCCAUUGUCGAGACCUCUUUGCCGCGAAACUCUGAUUCUGUGCUCGAGCUUUGCUAAGGACUAUUUUACGUAUAAUCCCGGCGACGACGAAUUGCAUCUCCCAGUCUGCUAUCCAUUAGAAAAAGGAAAAAAACAGGCUGACGAUCAACUGGCAUAUAUACGCGCUGAUGAAAUUGAAGCAUACAUCAUCCCGUGGCUAGAAAAGCCAAAAACGUCUCAUCAGACUACAAACCGGAAGAUGAAAAACUACCUAACAAACCCCAACGGCCCAAUCGCAAUGGAAAUUCCCUCAACCCUCCUCGAAAAAAUUCACCUCUACAAUUGCAUGCUCCAACUCGGCCUCCCCAAAUUCAUCCAAUCCCCACUCAUCGACGCCCUCAUCCUCCAACUCUACAAAACCAAACUCUCCGCCUGCCACCUCGACACAAUCGAAAUAACAAUCUGUCGCCUCUAUUCUCGCGGCCUCGCAAUCCUCGACCCGGUCAUCAACCACCUCAUCGGCACCUACUCCCUACGCUCGCUGCCCGACCGCAGCCACCCAAAACCCGCUGGGGCCCGCGAACGCAAGCACAAACACCACAUCCCGCCUCAAACAAACAAGCUGGCAGAAGAUGAUGUAGUACGAGUAGACGGCAGCUUGGAAACUAAAUUCGAGCGUGAAGAAGUGCGAGCCGUCAAGUUCUCAGAGACAAACCGCCGAUACCUGAAAUAUACACGGUAUGAAGUCCCUCGAGGCAAGCUUGGAAAGAGCUAUCGCUUGAUGCCCCCCAAACUGCCGGUUCUGGGGCAUUGCAUUAGGCAUUGGAGUGGGGUGAGGAGGCGUGGCGGGACGGCGGCGGCGCAUACGGGGUUGCCGCUUAAUGUGGGGUGGGGGAAGAAGUUUGCGGGGAGGGGCGAUGGGGGGUUGGCUGAUGAGGAGGAUUGCGAGGUUGAAGGGGGGAAUCGGUUGGUUGGGUGGGAGUAUUUUCGGAAGAAUGGGCCGGGGUUGGAAAAUGGGGAGAGCAAGAGGGAGGAGAGGGGUGUGGUUGAGGAGCAGGCUACACGCGAGGAGGUUUCGGACGAAGAUAUGUUUUCUGAUGAGGAGUAGGAGGUAUGGUCAUGCGAGAAGAGACGUGGAGGAAGUUGCUGUCUUUGAGCCUACAUGUACUUUUAAAGCUGUUACGACGAUCUAUUUAGUAAACGUCCAUUUAGUUUCU